UCAACGUUCCUUAUAGUGCUAUUUUAACAAAUAAACAGCAAUCAUGAUGGAUAUGGAAAUGAACGCCGAUUUGGAGAGGGAUGGAGCAACUGAUUCGGGGGAGGCAUCGACUACGGGAAGCUCGGCCGGAACGAUUUAUUGUAAAUUGGAAGAUGAUUUCGCUAAGGUAACGAACGAAAUGAAAAUCAAUGAUUCAUUGGCAGAAUACAGAGACGAGUACGUCCGACUGUUUGAAGCAUAUUACGAGGCGCAGCGAGUUAUAGAACAACUGACCGAAAAAUGCUCGACCCUUCAAGAUGAAUUGACGGGGCAAAAAAACACCGUAUCGGAGUUCGAGAGGACGUUCCAGUUGAACGAGGAGAGUCUCGAGAAAUUGAAAAAAGAAAUCGACGAGAGCAAAAAGUUGGCCGACGCCGCUCACGACCGCGAACAGCGCGCGCGAGAAACCAUCGGCAAUCUGCGAUUUUCCAUCGACAAAUUAACCGACGAGUUGGAACAAAAAAAUAAGCAGCUCGCCAACGAAGAGAGCAAUGCCGGAGCGAGCAAGCAAAAGGACAAUUUGGCAAAAGAGCGGGAGCGGCUACUCAGCGAAAACCAAGCGCUGAAGCAGAGGCUCAAGACCUUGGCCCAGAACAGCGAAGAAAAUCAUCAGAAGCUCAUCGAGACCGAGAAACAAAUGGCCGAUCUGCAAGAGAAAUUCGAUCGUCAGACCAACGAGUUGUCUCGAGAGCGUCGAGAAAAGGAGAAAGUCAGCUCGGACUUUUUCGACUGUCUCGACGAGCUGAAAAUGCGAAUGAUGGAUCUUCAGACACUCGAGGAUACCCUGAAAACGAGCACGGACAACGCCAAGAAGCAGGAACAGCUGCUGAAGGACGAGGUGCAGGAAAACGAGCACCUGCAAAAGGAGAUCCAGCGCAUGAUGCUGAAGCAGCUGGCCACCAAGACCGAAGCCGAUCGGCUGAAGACGAGGCUGGACGCCAGUCGCAAGCAGCUCCACGACAACGACAAAGUGAUGAACGAUCUGCAGCGCGAGUGCAAUCGUUUCCGCGAGGAGUGGGGCAAAAUGAAGGCCGAGAAGGACAACGCGUUCAAGAAACUGGCCAAAGUCUCGAGCUCGGCCACCGAGGCCGAGGAGAACGUCAAGAGGCUCCAGCAGACGGUGCGCCGCAGCGAGCUGGAGAUCCAGCAGUUGCUGCGCCAGCUGGAGCUCGAGCGCAAGAGCGUGGAAAAGGUCGGCCGAGAGCGAGACUUGGCCCUGCAGAACGUGACGAGCCUCGAGGAGAACAACCGUAACCUCAGCCAGGAGCUGGCCGUGAUGGAGCAAACGACGAGGAAGAUGCAGCAGAGCCUCGAGGAGGCCGAGAACUCGGCCCUCGAGACGAGUCGCCAGAUGAAGAGCCUGGAGAACGAGCGCGAUCGGGGCCUGCUGCAGGCCAAGAAGCUCACCGACCAGCUCGAGGACCUCGAGGAGGAGCUCAAGCUCAAGCAGAUGGAGAUCGGCGAUCAGCAGAAGCAGCUGGCCGAGGCCGAGGCCCGACUGCGCAAAAAUGCCGCCGCGCUCGAGGAGGUGCGGGCCGAGCGCAACGCCUACAAGAAGAACCUCUCGCUCACGCAGGACGAGCUCGGCGACACCAAGGACAAGCUCAAGGAGAGCCACGUCCUCCUCGAGCAGGCCAAGGAGGAGCUCAACGCCAAGGAAGCCGAGCUCGCCAAACAGGAGUUCAUGCUCGGCAAGACGGAGAAGGAAAAGGAGUCGCUCAAGACCGAGCUGGCCAACAACAAGAAGUACAUCUCGAAGCUGAGGCACGAGAUGGCCGAGCUGCAGCGGGAGCAGAAGCGACUGAGCCUCGGCCUGCAGGAGGCCGACGCGACCAUCGAGCGCCAGAAGAAGGACAUCGAGUCGAUAAUGUGCGAGCGCGACGUCAUCGGCACGCAGAUCGUCCGGCGCAACGACGAGCUCGCGCUCCAGUCCAACAAGCUGCAGAGCCUCCAGGACAUCAUGGCCAAGGCCGAGAAGCAGUACUCGCUGCGCCUCGACGAGAUCCGCAUGCUCAAGCUCGAGCUCAAGAAGCUCAAGCUCGACAAGGCGGCGCUCGAGAAGAACACGGCCAAUCUGGCCGAUCUUCGCGGCGAGAUGUUCAAUCUCGAGCGGAGGCUCACCAAGGAACGCCUCAAGGUCACCGCCCUCGAGGAAGAGGUGCAGAAUCCUCUCAACGUUCAUCGCUGGCGCAAACUCGAGGGUACGGACCCGGAAUCUUACGACCUCAUGAAAAAAGUCCAGCUGCUGCAGAAGAGAAUCCUCAAAAUGUCCUCGGAAAUGAUCGACAAGGACAAAAAAAUCAAGGAGCUUGAAAAGAUGUACGUAAAUCUACGAGAGGUCUUGUCGAAGCAACCUGGACCAGACGUUAUGAUUCGUCUGAGCAAAACUCGAGGUGCCCUCAGAACUCGUGCUAAAAAGAUGAAGUGUUUGAUGGCCGAGUUGAACAUGACGAGGACGGCCGAUCACAAGUUCGAGCUCGAUAAAAUCAAGAGCGAGCUCAACGGCUUGAAAGCCAAGUGCUUGGCCCAGAAAAAGCGAAAUUCCAAGGCCAAUCAGGAGCUGGCCAAGGAAAACGUCCAUCCUGCGGCAGCCGACGAUCCGUCGCUGCAGAGAGCCCAGGACGAGGCCGCGGGACGUCACGGCGACGGCGACGGCGCGGCUUUCGCCUUGGCCAAUCCCAAGGUCACGGCGCUCAUGCCGGUCAAUCAAUAAAAUCAACUUUCAAUCUAUGUUCGAUCGAUUAUUUUUCAUUCGCUUUCGCUACCCCGCUUUGAUGUAUCCGAUGAUUGAGCGU